AAAAUGACAAAGGACCUCGGCGCAUGCUCCCCCUUCUUUCUACUUUACACAUACGCGUGCACACCUAUAUACAAAGAGAAAGAGAGAGAGAGAGAGAGACAGAUAGAGAAACAGACAUUCUCCCCCUCGUACCUCGUUUCUCUCUUCCUCGAGAGUUUCACGAGAACGCGCGACGUCGAGAGAGACAGUCGUCCUCACCGGCUUCAGGUGCAGACGGAAAUCCAUAUCAAGAGCGUAGUGCAUUCUCCGAAUUUCGCGAUUUCCGUAUAUUAUCCGCAAAUUCCGCAGACUCUACGGACGCCUUUUUUAUUAUUCUUCGGACGACCACGUGUACCGUCUCUUCUUCUUAUCUCAUCGAAGGAUUCGAGUAUCAUUUUAGUUUUGUCGUGGACAUCAACUCGAAGUUCCACGUAUGUACAACGUAAAUACUGCAACAACGGGAAAUAAAAAGAACGACCGAUUUCCGGAGGGCAUAUCGUUGACAUUAUGAACUUUUGCUGUAACCAGAUAAGGAAUAUCAGAGAAAGAGUAUACAAUUCUUUUGCCGCAUCAUACCAACUUCUACGACUUUUAAUACCAGCAAACGUUGAUGUUGUGGGAUCCGUUCCAAUUCAAAAUCAAAAACAAGAAGAGAAUAUCUCAUUUCUUUUUUGCUUCGAGUAAACUCGUAAGCCAUAAGAACUUGUAAAAAUUAUAUCCAUACUUGAUACUAUAUUUAAAGGAUAAUCGAAAACUAGAGAAAAAGAGAGACAAAGAGAAAAAAAUAUAUAUAUAUAGAGAGAAAGAGAGAGAGAGAGAGAGAGAAGUACUUACUAAAAAUAGAAAAGAGAAAUAGAAAAGAAUGCACGCAAUUUUUCGUUAAAAGGUUCUCCUCACGUAAUUUGUCAACUUCCUUUUUCUUUCAACCAUAUCCGAUCGGUUGGAUCUUGGUAGUUUGUAGAAUUAAAGGAAUAAGAGAGAGAGAGAGAGAGAGAGAGAGAGAGAGAGAGAGAGAGAGAUAAAGAAAAAGAGUAGACAUGGCUAGCUGGCUAUCAUCGAACGGCGACGAACCUAUAGAUAGUAAUUACGUGCAAAACGUUUUGAACUACAUUAACGACUUAAAGGAGUCCUUCUCCGAGGAAGAAUUCAAAUGCUUCGCACGAAAGCAUCAAGACCUAGAAGCUCGGUUAGAAGAACGACACCAGCAUCAAGUCAUCAAUGGUGGAAUUGAGGAAGGAGGAACUACGGAGGGUCGUGAGGGUUGUGAAGUUAGUUGGGACUCUUUACUCUGUUGGCCAUAUACGUCACCGGGAACUCUUGCCAUAUUACCUUGCUUCGAAGAACUCAAUGGCAUACGCUACGACAAUACUCAAAAUGCAAGUCGAUGGUGUUGGCCAAAUGGUACAUGGGAUAGUUAUUCGAACUAUUCUUCGUGCCAUGACGUUCGACCGUUAACCAUUGAAGCUGAUGUAGAAAUUACAACAAAAAUAUAUUUCAUUGGCUAUAGCUUGUCCCUUUGUACUCUAGCGAUAGCUGUCUCCAUAUUUUUAUAUUUUAAGGAACUGAGAUGUCUGAGAAACAAUAUACAUAUAAAUUUAAUGUUCACGUACAUUCUGGCCGAUCUUAUGUGGAUACUAACUACUGCAAUGCAGGUCUCCAUGCAAACAGACAUACCAACUUGCGUCACAUUUUUCUCUCUUCUCCAUUAUUUUCAAUUGACCAAUUUCUUCUGGAUGUUUGUCGAAGGAUUGUAUCUCUAUUUAUUAGUUGUAAGGACUUUUACGGGAGAUAAUAUUCAACUAAGAAUGUGUCUUGUAAUAGGUUGGGGUUUUCCAAUUCUCAUCGUAGCCAUUUGGGGCCUCGCCAAAUCUUUUGUCACUCAAGGAAAUCAGAAUAUUGCACUUUGGAAGCAUUGUCCAUGGAUGACAUCACAUCCUUACGAUUGGAUUUAUCAAGCAUCUGUCAUUAUAGUUCUUGCCGUGAAUGUGAUUUUCUUAUUCUUGAUCAUGUGGGUACUGAUCACUAAAUUAUGGUCUGCAAACAACGCAGAAACGCAACAGUAUAGGAAAGCUAGCAAAGCACUAUUGGUGCUGAUACCGCUUCUUGGAGUAACAUACGUUCUGGUUCUCGCAGGGCCAACGGAGGGUCAAGCAGCUAAUGCAUUUUCUUACACCCGUGCUGUGUUACUCUCUUCUCAGGGAUUGCUGGUGACGCUAUUCUAUUGCUUUCUCAAUACCGAGGUGCAGAAUACGCUGAGACAUCACUUUGCAAGGUGGACGACAUCGAGAGAUCUUGGCAAUAGUCGAAGGUAUUACAAGAAUUGGUCUCCGCGCUCAAGAACAGAAAGCAUAAGGCUAUACGGCCAACCUUCAAAUCCAUAUCGUAAAAGGGAAUCUACGGUAAGUGAAACGACGACCACAACGGUGAUAGGUCCGAAUUCAACAACAACGUUUCUGGACAAAUCUAAGAAAGCCAUUUCAGAAGACUCAAAUGAAUAAAGUUUUACACGAAGCGAAUGUCGAUAUGAGGAGAAACUGGUAAGAUCAUUAAGCGCGAAGAGACUCAUCGUAGAAAUAUCUUUUCAUAAGUGUCGUCAUAUUAUUAAUUAUGGCGUUAAAAUAAUGAUAUAUGUGUAUGUGUAUAUAUAUAGACACACACACAUUGUAUAUGUUCUCAAUUGCUUCUAAAUUUUUAACUUAUCUUUUUUCGCUUAAAAGAUAUCUCCAAUUUUUCUAUCAGCUAAAUUAUGAUAUAUAGUAGAUAUUAGUAAAAAUUAAAUUGAUCCAACACUACUAUAUGAGGUAAUAAAUAUUAUAUUAUUAUUUUUAAUAAAACUAUAAGGGUCCUUUAUUUUUUCACUUUUA